UGUCACUCAUUGCGCAGAAGCGCGCCAUUACUACCAUACUGCGCAUAUGUUGGUAGCAUUGACUGUUUCCUCCAAGCCACUCGAACGGACGCCAUUACCACGCCACCGGACCACUAAACUGUCACUGUGUAAUUUAAGUGAUUUUCUGAUAAUUCAUUUGAAUUAUAUAUUGUUUGUGUUAAUAGAAAACAAUAAAUAUAAAAUUUCAAGAUGUCUGAUGAGAAAAAGGGAGAAAGCGAACACAUCAACUUAAAAGUACUAGGACAGGAUAAUGCUAUUGUCCAAUUCAAAAUAAAGAAACACACACCUCUAAGAAAGUUGAUGAAUGCGUACUGUGAUAGAGCGGGUCUAUCAAUGCAAGUUGUCAGAUUCCGAUUUGACGGACAACCUAUCAACGAAAAUGACACGCCCACAUCACUGGAAAUGGAAGAGGGUGACACAAUAGAAGUGUACCAACAGCAGACGGGAGGGGCUCUAGUGUAAAUUAUAACUUAAGAACUGUCCAUGUGCGAAGAUCGCCAGUGUGCCCAUCUCAAACGUUUAACAUUAAGUUAAUUUUAAUACCAACAUACAUUAUUAUCUUUAUAAAAAAUUUACAAAUUUCUGAGACAUAAUUUUCUUUAAUUCCUUUUUCCUUUGUAUUAUGUCUCGGAAAUUUUAAUGUAAUUAAGAUGGAUAUUUGAGGUAAACCAAAUGAUCUAGGUAACUUCAACAAUUAUUCCAUUGUGAUAAUUUUUAGUUGACAUUUCUACAAUCAGCCAGUAUUUUAAAUGCUGAAGCACUAAGGCAUUUCCAUAUUUCUAUGUGGUUAACUGUAAUUUAUUGGACUUAUGUCCAUUCCAAAUGUCAGGUUUAUAACUGCUGAUGUACCUAUCUGAAAUAAAGUAAAUGUAAUAAA